AAAACAGUUGGCCACGGUGCUCGGUGGCGGGCGGACGCGUAAGAGAAAGCCAAAUGGUAAAUGCCAGAGCAGCUGAUCAUCGAUUGCAUAGAAACAAACGAGACAGCAGCAGCAGCAGCUGCAGCGUGUGUGUGAGCGGCAAAGCAAUACGUAGUAUACGCGAUUACUCCGUGAGCGAGAGUGAGUGAGUGAGUGAGAGGUGAGAGAGCUGUUCGCACUGCUCUACUCUGUAUGACAACUGUGUGUGGUGCGCGCUGCGAUAUCGAACUGUUUGAAAGGCAAAUGCAACAGUUGCUGCUGCUUUGCUUUGUUUUUGUUUUUUCUUUUGCUUUUGCUCUUGCUUUUGCGCUGGCAUUCGCAUUGCUGUAAUUGUGUUAUUGAUAAAUUGUAAAACUGGCACAGUGGCGUACUUAAAUACUAGAACAGGAGACUGAGAGAGAGAGAGAGAGAGCGAGAGUGAGUGAGAGAGAGCGCGAGACGGGAGGAGCUGCAGAGCAACGAAGAGACAACUAUAAAUAGACGCAAAGACUGAAAGAAAACACAAAAGCACCGGAAAGAAAGUGUGUGUACAUAAAUACUACAUAUGUAUAUAGCAAAUAUAUAGAUGUUACAAAUACACAUAGAUUAAUGCUAUACAUAGACACAUCUAUACAUACAUAAUUGAUAUAAACAAUAAAUUGGCAAGAGGCCAGGAGCACAGAGGAGCAGAGCAGAGCAGAGCAGAUAACGAAGGCAGGCAACUGGGAACCAUCCAUCCAAGCAUCCACACAACAUAUAGCAAACAGGUGGAAGCAGCGCAACGACUCAGCCAAGAGCAAUGUCAAAGCAUCAUUGGCAGCCAAAGAAUUCCACAGCCACAGCCACAAGCACAACCACAACCGAAGAUCAUCACAAUGGGAGGAGCAGUGGCGAGCCGGAAGAACCCUUCGAUCCGCUGGCCAAUCUGCUUAGUCUGCAGCUGCACAAGCCCGCACACUGGAACUGGGAGCUGAGCACGUCGCGCAGCUGCAGCAACAUUGCACUGCCACGCAUACUGCUCUACGAUCACCAGGGAUCGCUGCUUCUCGAUGCCGACGGCAGCCGCGAGCAGACAUACCGCCCCCGGCCCAGCAGUGUGCCCGAUCCACAUCGGAGGCGGAAACGUGCGGCGACCGCAAACUUGGCGCAGAGCUUGCAACAGGCACAGCUGCCGCAUGAGUUGCACGGUCUGCGCAUUGGCGAGGCGACGCCCAGUUGCCGCUCGAGCAAGGCGAGCAGUAUGUCGAACAAGCAUUGCAUUGACUUUAGCACACACGAGCUGCCUGAUUGGCGGCCACAAGCCACAACGAGCAGUUCCGGCUCAGUGCGUGGGAUACGCUUCGAGGAUCAGCUGGAGGCGACGGAGGUGGAUAGCAGACCUGAGCUGGCGUAUCCAACGCCGCCGUCCACCUCCACAUUGACAACGCCUGGGGAAUCCUGCUCGGGCGCCUCACGUGAAAAGCGUCGCUAUCGCCGAUCGCACAGCUCCGGCCAGCGUUCGAUACUGGAGCGUUUCAGCAUGUCGCGCGGUCGCCACUCGUCGCCCGAGUACGUGCAGGAGCAGACGCUGGAGAAGGUGCCGCGCUACUUUCUGCGCACCAGCAAAGCGGGCACGCUGGUCAUCAAGGACGAGAGCUUCAGCCGUGUGCGGCAGCGCCGUCGCCGGCACAAACCGCACUCGUCCAGCGACAAUCUGUUGCAGCCACAGGCCACCGCCACCGCCACCGCCAUCGUUACGGGGCAGAGUCCCGCGGAGAGCGUUGUCGCCGUGCCGGUCACGUCGUCGAUGCACCAGCAGCAGCGUCUUCAGCCGCAGCGCGGUCGCGAGCCGCUGCUCUCCACCUCCGAGGAUGAGGCGCAGUCGUCGAGGAUGCGAGCAACGGCGAGGCAAGCGCGCAGUCGACGCAAUCAGCGCAAUGGCUGCAAGGACGUGGCAGCGUCAGAACUUAUCACUGUGGAUCCCGGCAAUUGUGUAUAUCGAGCAUCGUCUGGCGCAACAGCGCGCUAGAGAAUGUGAACCUCAUAGUUAAUGAUGACGUCACUACAAGUGUGUGUAUAUAUGGAUAUCUGUGAAUACAUUUGAAAGAUAUAUCUGCGCGUACUACAAUGAUUUAUUGUUGACAGUGCUUGCGGCAUCAAAAUGCCACUUCUGAAUAAACCAUUAAAUGUACUAUUAUGACUAAAACGCGAUUUUUAAUUUAAAU